UUUUCAUUCCUUCGUCAAUCGUCUGCCAAGUUAGACGCGUUACCCCACGCGUGUUGUGUGUCCUUCGUAGGAGGUGUGAUCUUUUAAACCUGUUUCUACUGAAACUACUAGAUCCUGGGAAUCACUUUCCACACCGUCCUCGCUUCACUGGAGAUGAAAUCAAUUAGUUGUAGAAAGGAAACCCCCAUCGUGCAGCAGCAGCAGCCGUCGCAACAGUGUGCAAUGUAGGAGAUUUCCUCAAAUAAAGGUAGUACAGCAGUUUCGAAGGCAUUAGUUAUAGCAGCGCAAAGGACGAAAAACGGCUGUUGAUUGUGUGGCGUUAGUGUUAAAGUGUUAACUUGCUUAUAUUAAGGUUGUUUGUUACUCUUUGGAAUAAAGAAAUAAAGGCUGCUUCGUUGGUAGAAUAAAUAAAUAGUUAUUCAAGUGUUUUAUGCUAAAGAUAGAAUAGUUAAAACGGAACGGAUAAUUUUGGCGUGAACAAUUAUGCUCGAUGAAUCGUUUGGAAAGCAGUUGAUCGUCACUUUCAACAACUAUAUAGGAUAGAAGCUGAAUCUCCACCAUAGAAAAUCAUACACUAAAUAAUACCACAAAAUAUUCGUUUUACAAGUAAAAAAGCUAUCGUUAAUAAACCGCUGUUCCUUAGGCAAUAUAGGCUGUAGUUAGUGCUUUGUUGUGCAUUCUAGCCAGGCAGAAAUAAAUAGACAAUAAUCAAGAUGGCUCAAUUCGUGACCCACAUACAACCGACGAUGAUGGAAGCAUCGCAGGGACAUUUUCCGCACCAUCAUGGCCACGGAAUGCAGCAUGCAUCCCAUUUGCCGCACAGUGGCCACAACAUGCCCUCACCACCAACGGCCCAGCAUGGCCAUCCUCACGGUGGUGGUCAUCAUUCUGGCUCGCACUCGACCGGCCGGGAGACGACCAAUGGGAAAUCUUCCAAAUCGCAACAACACCAUACUUCCCAUCAGCCACUUUCGCCGAAAUCAGUAGAUCAGCAUCAGUACCAAUAUCAGCAGCACACUCAUACACACCACCAUCAUCAUCACCAGCAGCAGCCGCUGCCACUGAAGACCAUACCGGCAAUGGCUGGAAUGCAUCACGGUCACAGCCAUGCCCAUCAUCGAUCCAGUUCGUCUGAUGGAAACACCUCGUUUCUACGCGCAGCUAGAGCAGGCAAUCUAGAGAAAGUUUUGGAGCAUCUUAAAAAUAAUAUUGACAUCAAUACUAGCAAUGCGAAUGGCUUGAACGCGUUACAUCUCGCAUCGAAGGAUGGCCACGUGGCUGUCGUCUCGGAGCUACUGGCUCGCGGUGCGACCGUGGAUGCGGCCACCAAGAAGGGGAACACCGCUUUGCACAUCGCUUCCCUAGCCGGUCAGGAGGAAGUGGUCAAGCUGUUGAUUCAGAAUAAUGCUUCCGUUAACGUGCAAUCGCAGAAUGGUUUUACGCCGCUGUACAUGGCUGCCCAGGAAAACCAUGACUCCGUAGUGCGAUUGCUGCUAUCGAAUGGGGCUAAUCAGAGCUUGGCCACGGAGGAUGGUUUUACACCGCUGGCGGUUGCGAUGCAACAGGGGCAUGAUAAGGUUGUCGCUGUGCUGUUGGAAAGUGACACCCGGGGAAAAGUUCGCCUACCGGCUUUGCACAUCGCCGCAAAGAAGGAUGACGUUAAAGCGGCAACCCUUCUUCUAGAGAAUGACCAUAACCCGGAUGUCACAUCGAAGUCUGGUUUUACUCCGCUACACAUUGCGUCUCAUUAUGGCAACGAAGCUAUGGCCAAUUUACUGAUUCAGAAGGGAGCUGAUGUUAACUAUGCUGCAAAGCAUAACAUCAGCCCGCUGCACGUAGCUGCCAAGUGGGGCAAAACCAAUAUGGUAGCUUUGCUGUUGGAAAAGGGGGCAAGUAUCGAGAGCAAAACUCGGGACGGUUUGACCCCGUUACAUUGCGCAGCCCGCUCCGGCCACGAGCAGGUUGUGGACAUGUUACUCGAGCGUGGUGCCCCCAUCAGCGCCAAGACUAAGAACGGUCUUGCACCGCUCCAUAUGGCAGCCCAAGGCGAACACGUGGAUGCGGCUCGUAUCCUGCUUUACCAUCGUGCACCGGUCGACGAAGUAACCGUUGAUUACUUGACAGCACUGCAUGUCGCAGCCCACUGUGGUCACGUGCGCGUCGCGAAGCUUCUGCUGGAUCGCAAUGCCGAUGCUAACGCUAGGGCCCUGAACGGGUUCACUCCGCUGCACAUUGCAUGCAAGAAAAAUCGCAUCAAGGUCGUCGAGCUGCUGCUGAAGCAUGGAGCUAGCAUUAGUGCCACCACGGAGAGCGGCUUAACGCCACUGCACGUAGCAUCCUUCAUGGGCUGCAUGAACAUCGUAAUUUAUUUGCUGCAACACGACGCUAGCCCGGAUGUACCGACGGUUCGCGGCGAGACGCCCCUUCAUCUGGCGGCUAGAGCUAAUCAGACCGACAUCAUCCGCAUCCUGCUGCGUAACGGAGCUCAGGUCGACGCUCGGGCCCGGGAGCAGCAGACACCGCUGCACAUCGCAUCCCGUCUCGGUAACGUGGAUAUCGUGAUGCUGCUACUGCAGCACGGUGCCCAGGUCGAUGCCGUCACCAAGGACAUGUACACCGCGCUGCACAUUGCAGCCAAGGAGGGCCAGGAUGAGGUUGCCGGAGUACUGCUGGAAAAUGGUGCUCAGAUUGACGCGGCCACAAAGAAGGGUUUCACUCCUUUGCAUCUUACUGCCAAGUAUGGCCACAUUAAGGUUGCCGACUUGCUGCUUGCCAAGAACGCCCCAGUGGACGCGCAAGGCAAGAACGGCGUUACACCACUUCAUGUCGCUAGUCACUAUGAUCAUCAGAACGUCGCACUGCUGUUGCUCGAGAAAGGAGCAAGUCCCCACGCAACUGCCAAGAACGGUCACACACCACUGCAUAUUGCCGCUCGUAAGAAUCAAAUGAACAUCGCUACCACGCUGCUACAAUAUGGAGCACAAGCCAAUGCUGAAAGUAAGGCCGGAUUCACACCGCUACAUUUGAGCUCACAGGAGGGCCAUCACGAGAUGUCGGCCCUGCUACUGGAACACAAGGCCAAUCCGGAUCACCAGGCACGCAACGGACUAACUCCGAUGCACCUUUGCGCCCAGGAAGACCGUGUCAACGUUGCCCAGGUUUUGGUUAAACAUGGAGGCGAUGCGCACGCCGCUACCAAAGCCGGAUACACUCCGCUACACGUUGCUUCUCAUUUUGGCCAGGCUAAUAUGGUGCGCUAUCUACUGCAACAGGGCGUAGAUGUCAACGCUGCAACCGGCAUCGGUUAUACACCACUGCAUCAAGCUGCUCAGCAGGGUCAUUGCCAUAUUGUUAAUAUUUUAAUCGAAAAUCAAGCUGACCCUAAUGCGGUCACCAAUAAUGGACAAACCUCACUGAAGAUUGCCCAGAAGUUGGGCUACAUCAGUGUACUUGACUCGCUGAAGUCGGUUACCGAAGCCAAGACAACACCGGAUUCACAGCCUACUGAAGAAAAAUAUCGCGUCGUCGCUCCGGAAGCCAUGCACGAGACGUUCAUGUCCGAUUCCGAAGAAGAAGGAGGCGAAGAUACCGUUCUUUCUGAUCAACCGUAUCGCUAUCUAACCGUGGAUGAGAUGAAAUCACUGGGUGACGAUUCGCUGCCAAUCGAUGUCACCCGCGAUGAACGCCACGACACAAACAGGAUGGCUCAGAGCAGUGACUCGCACCAAUUUCCGCCGACUGCCAUGGAAGAUUCCAUCAGUCCACAGCACGCUUCAAUGGUUCAGUCCGGCAUUUCGGUUACUGAUUUCGCUGACAACAUAAACAUCGAACGUCAGCCGCACGUCGGAAAACUACACUGGAAGAAUUUCUUGGUUUCCUUCCUGGUGGACGCUCGCGGCGGGGCGAUGCGUGGAUGUCGCCACAGCGGAGUACGUAUUAUAGUUCCACCCAGGUCGGCGGCCCAACCGACACGUAUCACCUGUCGCUACGUGAAACCGCAGCGCACGAUGCAUCCGCCGCCGCUGAUGGAAGGAGAAGCAUUGGCCAGCCGAGUCCUGGAGCUGGGCCCGGUCGGUGCCAAAUUCCUAGGGCCGGUUAUCAUGGAGGUACCGCACUUUGCUUCGCUACGGGGCAAGGAGCGUGAAAUCGUGAUCCUCCGCUCGGACAACGGGGAAACGUGGCGCGAACAUAACAUCGACAUGUCGGACGAAAUUGUGCACGACGUGCUGAACGAGUGCUUCGAGCCGGAAGAUCUUGCCCAGCUAGAUGAGCUCGGAGGUGGCCGCAUCUGUCGCUUCGUGACGUACGAUUUUCCGCAGUACUUUGCCGUAAUUUCCCGCAUCCGCCAGGAGGUGCACGCUAUCGGACCGGAGGGCGGUAUGGUGUCCAGUACCGUGGUUCCCCAGGUGCAGGCUGUCUUCCCGCAGGGAGCUCUCACCAAGAAGAUCAAAGUCGGUUUGCAGGUAAAUUUGUUCAAACCACGUAAAGGCGUUGCGCCCGAGAAAUUGCGAAAAAUCAGUGUCAAUCAUGUACCGAAAAAGAAGCGCUUUUCGCUGAUCUGGUAAACGCGGUAAUGGCCAAAGCUAUGACGAAAAAAAAUUCUCAUAACGGUUUAGAAUCAAGGCGUUCCAGAAAGACAGCCUACAUUGAAUUUGGCUAUAAGCGACCAGGGAGGCUUCCAAAGACAUUUGAGAUUGUGUUCACUUGUUUGGCUAAAUUAAGUUGAGCUGAUUUAUAAGCGAUAAAUUCUUGUAACUGCAUGGUAUCAGAAAUUGAAUGACAGCUCCAAACUGGCUUCUAUGACAAGCUUUGUACUCCUUAUUGCUCAUUGAAUGAAGUGUAGUUUCUUGACAACAAGUAUUUAGUAUUUUUUCUUAUAUGUAAACUGAAAUUUAUUUACGAGACAAAUACGUUAUUACGAAGUUUGCAAAACCAGAGUGAUUAAGAAUUUCCAUUGUAACGCAUGUUACUGAGAAUUGAAGUAGAUAUUGUUCAGUUUAUUCUCUUUGAAAUAAUAUUAGCAAGUAUUCGAUUAGCGAAAUAGCUUACAUAUUUUACAUCCAAACAGUAAAAGCUACAACGACACGAUAUAUCUAGCUCUAUCAUCUAUCAAGCAUAUAGACACCAAAUAGAAUCAAACGCGUAGAUGACAGGAGUGAUGAAGCAUUUUGCUACAUUUGUCACCAAAUGUAACGAUAAAUUUUCAUCUUCUGCUACGUCAAAAGAUCACAUACAGAAUGUGCAAUUCGAAACAUUUACUGAUAUGAGCAACAGAAUGCAUAUAAACGCCGGCAAUCGAAUCAUUUUCGCUGUGCACUGCAGCAUAAUUUACACCCAUACUCACGCGAGCAAACAAUAGCAUACUCUUUAUCGCCCUUUCAACAUUACAGCGAAGCUAAUAGAAUAAAAAUAAUGCCAAAGGAAUACCAGGAAAUAACUCUUGCAAACUAACUUCAAAACAAUUGAUAUCAAAUAUUUUCAAACUCAUCUCAAUCUUAAAGGAACUCAAGCUUAACUAACCAAUCAUACAUGACAUAACCAAAUCAGAUAACCACUUGCUCGACUUUGACAGUUCAAUUGUGCUAACAAUGAGUGCAGAAUAAUUAUACCAACUAUUCGAAUUGCUAGCCUACUCUAGAGAGUGCCCAAUAAAUUUAGUUCUUUUGAAGAAAACUAACCAUAAA